AUGGGGGGCAGCCUGCGGGUGGCGGUGCUGGGUGCUCCGGGCGUGGGCAAGACGGCCAUCAUCCGCCAGUUCCUGUUCGGUGACUACCCCGAGCGCCACAGGCCCACGGACGGGCCGCGCCUCUACCGGCCCGCGGUGCUGCUCGACGGCGCCGUCUACGACCUGAGCAUUCGCGAUGGCGACGGUGCUGGCCCCGGUCAGAGCCCCGGGCGGCAAGAGGAGUGGCCGGACUCUAAAGACUGGAGCUUGCAGGACACGGACGCCUUCGUGCUUGUCUACGAUAUCUGCAGCCCGGACAGCUUCGACUAUGUGAAGGCGCUGCGGCAGCGCAUCGCGGAGACCAGGCCGGCGGGCGCACCUGAAGCACCCAUUCUCGUGGUGGGCAACAAGCGGGACCGGCAGCGGCUGCGGUUCGGGCCUCGGCGUGCACUGGCUGCCCUAGUGCGCAGGGGCUGGCGCUGCGGAUACCUCGAGUGCUCUGCCAAGUACAAUUGGCACGUGCUGCGACUCUUCCGCGAGCUGCUGCGCUGUGCGCUCGUGCGCGCACGCCCUGCGCAUCCGGCUCUGCGCCUGCAGGGGGCGCUGCACCCGGCGCGCUGCAGUCUCAUGUGA